AUGGCCUUGACUACCUGUUGCGCAGGAGACUCUUAUCCUCGUACGUUCAGGUCUUUAUUAGACUCGAGAGGUACAUUGUCCAAGAGACUCAUUGGGAAGCCGGACGAUUUCUCCCCACGCUCUGUCUUGCCUAACGAUCUGGGUGCGAAUAAAUUAGCGCGACGCUCUCAGAUUUCAUGUGUCGGCCGUGAUAAUUUAAAAUUCAAACGGGACACUUUAAGGGAAAAUGUGGGACGAGGUAUUUCAAAGAUAAAUAACGCUAAGAGAGAUAAGUUAUGGAGAGGAAUCACGUGCCUCGGUAAAACACGGCGGAGCGACACUUUCCCACGUGACAAUAUUCGACGUGGGAUAGUUCAUUCUGAUAACAUGCGAAAACGACAAUUUGGUGAUGGAUUUGUUGACGGGGGAUUCGGUGACGGAGGAUUUGUCGAUGGAGGAUUCGGUGACGGGGGAUUUAUCGAUGGAGGAUUCGGUGACGGGGGAUUUAUCGAUGGAGGAUUCGGUGACGGAGGGUUUGGUGAUGGCGGAUUCGGUGACGGGGGGUUUGGUGAUGGCGGAUUUAUGGAUGGUGAUUUUAUUGAUGGAGGAUUCGGUGGAUUUACUGAUGAAAUUGGUGAAACUGAAGAAGCCGGCUAUACAUCAUUGGUUAAAAAGGAGUAUUACACAUCUUGGUUUAAUCCGAACGUGGGGCAAAUUUCAAUCGCACCCAUCAAGCCUGAAUUCAAAGGUGAGAAGCACAAAAGGUAUUCGGUCGGAUUUCGCUUGGCAUUUAAUGCCACUUGUCGAGUAGAAAUCGAUGAUUUUCAUGAUUUCCUUGUUGAAAAAAACUAUACGGUCCUGAAUGCCCCCAAGGAAUAUAGCUAUGUUCCUGGUUAUUAUGCUGUCUCGUGGGAGGAUCCGGACGGACUGGAACUUGAAUUAUGUUAUGUUCCGAUUUCAAAGAACGUCAUAUCCGAGGGAAAGAGACUUGAUGAUUCUACCAAGGAAGAAGAAAAUGGCAAUAAACGGCAGAAGGUAGAAUAA